GUUGUGGUUUUGCCGCUGGAAGAGAAAGGAAACUAGCAGCUGGUUAGUUAGCUAACUAGUUAGAAUGUUUAGUCGUUGGAUUUUGUGAGAUUGAUUAACAAGAGGUUUCUCGAGAACAAGGACCAAUUGAAUCGUAAUCACGAAGUAAGCUUUGACAAUGUGUGGACCAUACACAAGAUAGUAGCUCCAUCUUCAUAGACAUGGACAGUACACUGGAGAACUUGGAGCCCAGCAGCCCACUUCAGGACUUGGAGGAACUAGACACCAUGGGACCCCUGAAUCAUGCAUGCCUACUGGAUGAGAGUGACCUGCUCUUUGGUGAUCUCACCGAUGGUGGCACCCUCAACGAGCUCCCUGUCGUCAUCCUUGAGACGCCCAGCCCUCAGUGCCUCAGAAGGAGACGGCGGUACAAUGGGUUUGAAAACUUUGGAUCGGCUGCUAUCCUCAGCCCACCUCACAGUCGAGAGGACAAAUCUCUCAUCAUGACCCCCACUUCUCAUCAGAUGUCAAAACGCAAAAAGCUGUCUGUGCCAGCCACCAGCAUGAGAGGUGAAGCCAAACCGGGCACCUCGUGGGCAACCAGUGGUUUUGUCGCUGCUUCGUCUCUCAUGACAACAGACUCGUCUCUGGCUACCUGGCUGGAACCUCCUCUCCCCCCCUCUAUGCCUUGUUCUUAUUCAUCGUCACCACCCUCAUCCUCCCUUGGUGCGCCCCCUGCCUCACAGGAAGUGACAGCCGGGGAAGGGUUUUGCAGAAACACAUCGUCUCAGGCCCCUGUGGCAGAAUCCACAGUGGAACCUGGGCUCCCUAGUUACAACAGAGUCAGGAAGAGGACCUGUAAAAGAGCAGCCUCUACCAAGUCCAGCUCCAAGGCCUCUACAUUUGUCCAAGCCCCAACAAACCUCACCACAGACUCGGUGUCAUUCCUGCCAGGCACAGAGAAAGAGAGUAAUGUAGCUGGCUGGGAGGUACCUCUCUCUACGGCUGAUGCAAUGCCGCACAAAUAUGACGAGAUGGUCAUCAGUGACAACGAUGAUGAUGUCGUUGUAGAGGCCAUGGUUCGCUCAGUGCAGUUGGAGGAAGAUGAGGCGUUUGCGCGCAGUCUUCAGGAACAGUUUGACAGAGAGGAGCAACUGCAGCAGGAACAAAGGAGACAGCAGGAAGCCAUGCCCCCCAACAGACCCCACCACCACCACAACUACCCAUAUGAUCCUCAUUUAGGGAUGAACUGGAUGUCGCCCUGGCCCUCAGCAGUGAACUACGCAGCGUUUUCCCCUCUCGUUGCGGGAUUAGAGGAAGAGUUGAUGGGAAGGCGCAGAGGAAGAGGCCGAUCUCGUGCUCCUCGUCGCAGAAACCCCCGUCAUGCGGUCCCUUCCCUCUUUGAUGACAGUCAAGGAGACAACUAUGAGGCUCUACUGGCCUUUGAAGAGGGCCAGGGUGCUGUUGUGGCUAAGAAAACCCUGAGUGAGAGAGAGAUCGAGAGGCUGCCUACGAAAAUCUACGACCUAGCACAUAGUGCAGGAAAGACACAGUGUCAGAUCUGUUUCUCGGACUACACAGAGGGGGAACUGCUGAGGAUGCUCCCAUGCCUCCAUGACUACCAUAUGCAGUGCAUCGACCGCUGGUUAAAGGAAAACUCCACAUGCCCUAUCUGCCGAAUUGACAUAUCCGAGUGCGGUGGAGACUGAGCCCGAGUGACCACGGAACAUGACCUCUACCUCAACGGACGUGCCACAUGACAACCUCUCAUGUGUUAAGGUCAUACUGUGUCUUAGUGUUUACAAAGAGCACUAUCUUUGUAAGACUGUUAAGUUAAAUGUUAUACUCAUUGAAGAUCGACAUCCUACAAAAACAUUCACCACCAGAUAUGAGUUAAAAUGUUUUUAAAAUGUUUUAUUAUUAAAACAUCUGAAUUAUCCACCCACAUGGAGUUGUUCUAUUUGAAUG